AUGAUCCUAACAGUGCAAGAUAAGUUAUUGCCUAACUCAGGCAAAGUCAAUACUGCGAUUCUCUACUCGUACUUGUUGAAUAGUGCCCAAAUAGCUGAUAUUUUUACGGCACUUGCAUAUUAUAAUCAAAUACGACUACCACUUGCUAAUUUUCUACCAAAGGCUAUUGAGAGGCUGAGCGAUAUUCGUAUCGCAGGCAAGCGUUUCGACAAAUUUAUGCGUCUAGGAACGGUACGAAAGCAGGAAACAAUCUCUAUGGCUCAUCCUGAUCGCGAAAUUCAACACAAAGGAGCAAUUUUAAUGCGGGAUGCAUCAUUCGCAUGGCAUGAUCAUAAUACAUGUCUAUCGUCACUCAAUAUUAAUAUUAAGCCGGGCACAUUAGUAGGUAUCACGGGACCUGUUGGUUCUGGUAAAUCAUCAUUUCUCGCAGCCAUUCUCGGUGAGCUGACUCUGAUCAAUGGUCACGCAAAUGUGAAUGGCAGCUCGUUCUCGUAUGCCUCUCAAUCUUCAUGGAUAUUGCCCGACACUCUUCGUGCUAAUAUUCUUUUUGGCAAGCCAUUUGACGAACGACGUUAUUCGAAUGUAUUACAAGGAUGUUGUCUCGACGUUGAUUUGAGCUUAUUAGGACCGUGUGGCGAUUUGAUAAUAAUUGGCGAGAAAGGUAUCAAUUUGAGUGGAGGACAAAAAGCGCGUAUAUCACUAGCUCGUGCUUUAUAUGUGGAUGCGGAUAUUUAUCUUCUUGAUGACCCACUGGCAGCUGUCGAUUCGAGAGUUGCUCAAAAAAUCUACGAUCAAUGCAUUGGUUCUGACGGACUUUUGAGCAAGAAAACUCGUUUGUUGGUCACACAUCAGACGCAAUUCUUGAUCAAUUCACAACAAAUAAUUUGUCUUUCACAUGGCCAUAUUCAAGCAUCAAACCGUUUAAAUGAGUUAAAUUUUAAACCUGAAUCUGUUAGUCAAGUAGAUGAUACAUCGAAUAAAACAGAUCCGAUAUCAGUUAGCAUGCUGGAUAUUAACAAACAAUGGACUACUGAUACUCAAUCAAUUAUUACUGAUGAAACGUCAGCAAGUAAGCUUAGUAGCUGGUCUGUAUGGUGCAGAUUGUUUGCUGGAUCCCCUUUGAAAUGGUUUGGUGUCAUUCUACUUGUUGCUUUACUCGUGUUUGGCGAAAUCAUUUAUGAUGCUGCUAACUUAUGGCUCUGUCUGUAUCCAUCGUAUGUGGCUCAUCAUCGUCUAUCAGAGUUUCUCCCUAUAUUUCUUGUCUUAGCAUUGGGUACAUUAAUCGUAUCUAUACUGCGUUCAAAUUAUUUCUUUUAUCUGAUCCUGAAUGGCUCAAACAAUCUACAUAAUAGCAUGCUCAACGGCCUGUUGUAUACGUCAAUGCAUUUCUUUGAAAGUAAUCCAACCGGACGCAUCCUUAAUCGAGCGAGUAAAGAUCAACAAGUGACCGAUGAAUUAUUGCCAAUAACACUAUUCGAUGGUUUACAAGCGCUACUGAUGACAGUGGGCUUAAUGAUCACUAUUAGCUUCAUCAAUCCAUGGAUCUUGCUACUACUCAUUAUAUUGAUGCCUGCAUUUAUAUUGCUAUGUUAUUAUUACUUGCGAACUAGCCUUCAAAUCAAACGACUCGAAAGCGUAACACGCAGUCCUAUUUACACACUAUUCGCAUCAACACUGAGUGGCUUGACCACCAUUCGAUCAUUCAAAGUUGAAAAUGAUUUUACACAGUUAUUUGUGGGCAAAAUAAAUGCCAAUACACGGGCAUACAUGACUAUGCUAGGUGCCUCUCACUGGUUUGCUUCACGACUCGAUUUCAUGAGUGUACUAUUUCUAUUAGUUACUGCCGUUUUGUCGGUCACAUUUCGUAAAAUAUUGAUUCCGUCAGGAGUGGCUAUAAGCUUAAUGUAUUGUAUGCAGAUGACGACAUCGUUUCAGUGGAGUAUUCGACAACUGAUGGAAGCCGCAAACUGUACGACAAGUGCGGAACGUAUCGAUGAAUAUGCACAGUUGCCACCUGAGGAAGAUGAAAGUGACCGUAAACAACUUAUAGAAACACCAGAGGAUUGGCCAAGUCGUGGAGCAAUUGACUAUCGAAAUUAUUCUUUACGUUAUCGGCCAUAUCUUGAACCCGUACUCAAAAACAUAAAUGUGUAUAUUGAGUCCAAUAAGAAGAUCGGCAUCAUUGGUCGUACCGGCGCCGGAAAAUCAUCCUUCCUGCAAAGUCUUUUUCGACUUGUUAAUCGAUCAUGUGUCAAUGGCGAAAUUCUUAUUGAUGAUAUUGACAUAAGUCGUGUUGCACUAAGCCAUCUUCGUUCCAAACUUUCUGUGAUUCCACAACAGCCUGUAUUGUUUUCAGGUACUCUUCGAUACAAUCUCGAUCCAUGCAGUCAGUAUUCUGAUGAACAAUGUUGGAUGUCACUCGAAGCUGUUCAACUUAAACCGAUGGUAUCGAAUCAUCCGGCCGGCCUCGGAUUAUCCAUUGCUGUAGGAGGUACAAACCUUAGUGCAGGCCAGUGUCAAUUGAUCUGUGUCGCUAGAGCUAUUCUCAAGCAGAGCAGAAUUUUGUUGGUCGACGAGGCAACAGCCAAUGUUGAUUUAAGAACAGAGGCACUACUUCAAGCAGCGAUCGCUAACCAAUUACAAGAUCGAACUAUUUUAACAAUUGCCCAUCGACUCCAUACAGUACUUAAGAGUGAUUAUCUUAUCGUGUUGGACAAAGGCACAAUAGUUAGGAUCGGUGUGCCGGACGAUAUUUUGCCUUACUACCAGUUUCAAUCAAAAGUAAAUCAUGCUCGACGAUCACUCGUCCUUCGGAAGAAACGUGGAGUACUAGCUUACCCACAAUGCCUGCGAGGAAGCAAUCGUGCUUUAUCUGACUCAACAAUUGACGAUGUGGUCAAAUUCUAUCGUGAAGUUGGUAUCAGUCGGACCUCAUUCAAUUCCAAAGGCACAAUUAAAAUCAAUGAAGAAUCAGUAGCAGUUCGAUUUCUAGAAAUGACUGUCUUGGAUGCGUACCAAAUAUUCAACGAACGUCAUCCUGGAGCUGUGUCAAGAUCUACCUUCAAUGCUCUACGGGCACGAGAGGCUUGGAAUGACCACUACAGAAAGCACUCUGGCGUAAUUUCCACAUUAGCAAGCAAAAAGAUCAAUAUGAAGGAUCUGAUCAAUCAAAUAGUUUGCACUGAUUCGAAUGAAAAGUGCUUUAAUGGUCAAUGCCGUGAUUGUUCGAAUAAGAACAUCAUCGAUGUUCCCACUGGUGACAGUAUGAUGGGUUUGGAUGAUGAAUGCUCAUGGACUCUGUGGAAAAAGGUCAACAAUAAUGAUGAAGCAUCUGCCAAUUUUAAAAAUAAUUUCAGCAUAUUCAACCUGACUCAUCACAAAACCAAUUUUGGUUUAUAUGCUUGUUGGACAUUUAUCGCUACUGCACACGGCAAAAGUGCUGGUAACGGAGUUGGUGCUGUAUUGAAAUCCACCGUCAGGCAUGCUACACUUUCCAAGAACAUUCUCAUGUCAAAUGCGAACGACUUCUUCGAAUUUUCACAAAGACAACAACUUGAAACAGCAAGGAGAUCUAACAAAGAUACUCCUGGUGUUCGUGUCUUCUAUCUAGAAUCGGAUGAAGUAGAAGAGGUUAAGAAGAACUGUUUGAAAAUUAGAAGCGAAAAACUUCGAUUAGCAGGUACAAUACAAGGCAUUCGUAGUACACAUGAAUUCAAACCCAUUAGCCGUUCAACGAUUCAGUAUAGUGUGACGUCUCGAUCAACGCAGACAAAGACGUUUACGUUCCAAUAUAACUCCUUUUAUUUUUCAUUUAUCAAUCAACGUUUUUACAAUCAGUCUUGA